AUGUCUCCAAAAUUCCUUGUCUUCAUCGUCUUCGCCCUCUUCCUCUCUACAGUAUCCGCUGGAAUUAUUCGUGAGCGGCGUCAAGCCUACUACACCGGCGGUGGUGUUGUGAACAACAUGGUCAGCGAUGGUUUAUUCGGAGGAUCCACUUCUCUUGGUUGGGCUCAAGUUCCACACGUCUACAGUCCAAUGUUCUCGCCUGUUUUUGGAAAAUAG